AGGAGGAUCUCGGCAAUCCCCUCCGAUUGGUUAGCUAGAUUGACGAGUGCUGCAUGUUGCCAGCAGUAGUAUUCGGCGUUUCUACAAAUGGCAACUUCUACUAAGCCUGUCCUUCAUGGAUACUUCAGAAGCUCAUGCUCUUGGAGGGUACGCAUUGCUUUGGCUCUGAAAGGAAUUGACUAUGACCAGAAAAACGUAAAUCUCAUAAAAGAUGGUGGGCAACAGGUAACAGAUCAAUACAAAAAAGUGAACCCCAUGCAGCAAGUACCUGCUUUGACCAUUGAUGACAUGACAUUGUCUCAGUCGUUGGCCAUCAUCCAGUAUAUUGAGGAAACACGCCCUGGACCUCAUCUUCUUCCACCUGACCCCAAAAAGCGUGCCCAGGUGCGCAUGAUCUGCGACAUCAUUGCUUCUGGAAUCCAGCCAUUGCAGAACCUUUAUGUGAUCAAAAAGAUUGGUGCUGAGAAAGAUUCAUGGGCCCACCAUUUCAUUCAGCGUGGGUUUGAAGCCCUGGAGCCUAUCCUCAAACAGACUGCAGGAAUAUGCUGUGUCGGGGAUGAGAUAUCCAUGGCGGACAUUUGUCUUGUUCCUCAGGUCUACAAUGCUGAGAGGUUUAAGGUGGACAUCUGCCAGUUUCCAACUAUCGAAAGGCUAAAUCAGACAUUAUUAAAAAUCGAGGCCUUCAAAGUCAGCCAUCCUUCAUGUCAACCAGAUACACCUGCUGCCAUGCAGGCAUAACAUGUAACACCUUUGUAACACCAUUUAUAUCACUGAUUGAAGAGAUGCUAUGGUGUGUCUAUAAUUACCUUUUAAAGAAGAACUGGAAUGAGGAACGGACAGAAUGUAAGUUGACAACAUGUGCUUAUCAAAACUGUAAACAAAUGAAUCUAUAAAAAAUAAUAAUAAAAGCACAUGUAUCCCCACACACACUGAAAUUUAUGUUUGUUGUUAUCAGAGCACAGCCACGUUUGAUUACAUCACUGGCAUGAUAUGUUAACAAGACCUAUUGACUUUAUUUUGUUUCAGUUCCCCUUUAAGGUUCAAUUAAUUAAAAUACCUUCAUACAAAUA